UCCCGCUGCUCGUCCCGCCUUGACCGAUUAAUUGCCCACCAACACCGCGCGCCGCACGAGCUCGUCCCAAACACAGCUUGGACAUUGCUGAGUCGGCAAGCUAUCAGCCUAGCUCCCUUCUCUCCUCUGAACUGUCUCCUCCCGAGUACCGAGCCGCCAACAUGACGCAGUCACCCAUGAUCUCGGUGCCCCUCAAGGCAACCAACGAGAUUGACUGGGUUACCCCGCUGAAGUCGUACAUCCGGAACACAUACGGGGAUGACCCCGAACGCUAUGCCGAAGAAUGCGCCACACUGAGUCGGCUACGCCAGGAUAUGAGAGGCGCCGGCAAGGACAGCACUGCGGGGAGGGAUCUUCUAUACCGCUAUUACGGCCAGCUCGAGCUGCUUGACUUGCGCUUUCCCGUCGACGAACAGCACAUCAAGAUCUCCUUCACAUGGUUCGAUGCUUUUACCCACAAAUCCACCGCCCAGUACUCCCUUGCCUUCGAGAAGGCAUCUAUAAUAUUUAACAUUGCCGCUGUUCUGUCCUGCCAUGCCGCUCACCAGACACGCUCCGAGGAGUCCGGCCUCAAGACGGCGUACCACUCGUUCCAGGCCUCGGCUGGCAUGUUCACCUAUAUCAACGAGAACUUCCUCCAUGCGCCCUCUGUGGACCUUAGCAGAGAUACUGUCAAGACCUUGAUCCACAUCAUGCUUGCACAAGCCCAAGAAGUAUUCCUCGAGAAGCAGAUAGCCGACCAGAAAAAGGUCGGCCUGCUGGCGAAGCUAGCCAGUCAAGCCGCCUCUCUAUAUGGGCAGGCCAUUGAAGGAGUUCAGGACAAUGUCAACAAGGCCAUCUUCGAGAAAGUCUGGCUCAUGAUGGUUCAGGCAAAAUUCAAUUUGACGAGUUCCAUGGCACAAUACUAUCAAGCUCUCGCCGACGACGAUGCGAAUUCGUACGGGAUGGCCGUUGCUCGACUCCAACUGGCGGAAAGUCAGGCAAAGGAGGCGAACAGGGUAGCCAACAAUUUUCCUAGCUCUAUUCCUCCGAGCUCAAACCUGACUGCGGACUGUGCUGCUAUACUGGCGGAAAACACAAAGAGACACUUGUCGACCGUUCAAGGAAAACUCGUGGAGCUGGCCAAGGAUAACGACUACAUCUAUCACCAACCAGUACCUCCCGAGGCAAGCGUAGCACCAGUGGCUAAACUCCCAGCGGCGAAACCGAUCCCCGUAAGCGAGCUGUACGCAGGGCAGGAUAUUCAGCGCAUUACCGGUCCGGACCUGUUCGCGAAGAUUGUGCCCCUGGCUGUGACCGAGUCGGCCAGUCUCUACGACGAGGAAAAAGCGAAGCUGGUCAGGGCCGAGGCCGAGCGGGUUGACAUGGCGAACAGUGAAAUGGCCGCAAGCCUGGAUUAUCUCCGCCUGCCCGGGGCUCUGCAAGUGUUGAAGGGGGGCUCCGACCAGGACAUCCAGCCCGACGAGGAUUUCAGGACAUGGUGUGUUGACGUUGCCGACCACGAUAACCCUGCCGGCAUUUUCGACUUUCUGAAGUCUGAGAAAGACUCGAUAGUUGUGAUCCUGGAUAAGAGCACGAAGCAGCUGGAUAUGGAGGAGAGCGUCUGCGAAAAGAUGCGGUCGAAAUACGAGAGCGAAUGGGCGCAGCAGCCGAGUUCGAGACUAACCACGACCCUGCGGAGCGAUAUCCGGAAUUACAGGGAAGCGCUAGAUGAGGCCGCGAGGAGUGACGGUCAACUAGCCGCGAAAUUGCGACAAAACGACAACGAAUUCGACGAGAUGCGCUCUGCGGCGCAGCGUGGCGAGAUCGAUGAAUUAUUCCAGGGGGCCGUCAGCCGCGUCCGAGGGAAAUCGAGCAGCGUAAACAGCCCUGACGGAGAGCCACAUCUUCUGGACGCCGAUUUCGACGAUGGGCAGCCCAGCGUGGUCGAUCAGAUAGCCAAAGUGGAAGAUAUCCUCAAGAAGCUGAAUCUAAUCAAGAGGGAGAGAGUGCAAGUGCUCAAGGAUCUGAAAGACAAGGCGCACGAGGACGACAUAUCUCAAAUUCUGAUACUAAACAAGAAGUCGAUCGCAAAUUACGAACAGCAACUCUUCCAGUCGGAGCUUGAGAAAUAUCGCCCGUAUCAAAACCGCCUAGUCCAGGCAACCCACAAACAAGCAGCUCUAUUGAAAGAGUUGAGAGCGAAGCUCAACAACUUACUGCAGGACAAGCGGGUCCGCUCGGAACAGAGCAAAUACGAAUCCAUCCAGCGGCAGCGAGCCUCGGCAAUCAAUAAAUAUAAGCGGGCAUAUCAAGAGUUCCUGGACUUGCAAGCGGGCCUCCAGAGCGCGAAGCGGUGGUAUAGCGAGAUGAAGCAGACAGUGGAGAGCCUGGAGAAGAACGUCGAGACGUUUGUGAACAACAGGCGGUCCGAGGGUGCCCAGCUGCUGACCCAGAUCGAGCAAGAGAGAGCCGCUAACAAGAGCGCCCACGCGGCCUUGGAGCAAGAGCGGCUAAGGGGGCUGAUGGAGAGGAUGUCCAUGGAACCGCCCUCUGCUUCGCCAAAACCAUCCGGGUCCUCACACCCGACACCAACACCCCUGUCUUUUAACAGUCCUUCAACGACGUAUCCGAAGAUGAACUUUGCCGGCCAAUACCAAGUACCCAGCUCACCGCCGCCAAACCAGCCUAGCAACCCUCAGCCGUUCAUGCAAACGACGACCCAGGGGUACAACCAGCCUUCGUAUAACCCGAGCUCUCUCGGCCGUAUUCCCGGCCCAGCAUCUCCGCCGCCCACGCAGUCAACCUUUGGUAUCGGCACAAUGCGGCCCGGCCCUGCGUCACCCCCUCCGACGCAGACGUCCUUCUCGCAUAAUGCCCGACCCUUCAGCACGUACGGAAACCCGGCGGCCGCUCCAAUGCAGCAACAGCAGUCGCCGCCGCCGCAGCAGCAGCAGCAGCAGAAUUAUGUCCCUCCCGGAUUUGUGCCCCCUCCGCCUCCCCCUGGACCGCCCCCGCUCGGCCCACAGCAGACAUUCCAUUACAAAUCAAGCGACUACUACAACAUGAAUCCGCAUGAGAGGCCGACCUCGAGCCAGCAGCAGCAUCAGCAGCAGUCGCAGCAGCAACAGCAACAACAUGCCCAAAGUUCGGCAGACCCGUGGGCCGGACUCAAUGCAUGGAGAUGAAGGUGAUACAGAACGAUUUGAUGUGUCCGUUGCUGAGGAGUCGUGUUGCUUUGCAUGGAAAGGAGUCUGGGGCUUGAAUCUUGCAGUGGCAGAGCAUGCAAUUACAGGAGGUGAUGUCACGAAUUCGGCAGAUGGGCA